AUGGAGAAAACUUAGUCAAAAUUUAAUGAGAGAUAUAUUUAGAUUGACGAAUUAACUGGGUGGGACAGUUAAGGUGAUGAAGAAAAUAACUUACUUGCAAUGAAGAUAUUGAAAGAUAAGCCUCUGAUAAAAAAGAAAAAGAAGACAAAACCUUAAAGGCUCAAUAACUAUGAUAAAUUUCCACUUAGUUUGGAAAAAAAAUAGGUUCAAGGGUGGAAAGCUCAUCCUAAGAAGCAGGGCUCAUAGGAUAGUCUUGGUGACACCUCCAAAAUCAAACGAUUAACUCCAAACAGUAUCUUAAUAAGCAAAUUAACCUAUGAAAGCUAUAAAUAAAAGCUAGACUAUGUCGCAACUUCCAAAGAUUCAGCUUCCUGCGAACUCUGA